GCUGCCUCUGAGCUCCCUUAACUCCUUUUGCCUCUGGUCCUUUGCUUAGCUUCCCCCUCUGCCCGUCUUCUCUUGCUUUAAAUCUCUCUCUAACUUUCACAUAGGCUUCUCCCACCCCCCUGCUCCCUCCCUUUUCCUGGAGUCUUAAAGGGGGAGAAGAAGAAAAUAAUUAAAAAAAAAAAACCCUUCCCUUUUUUUUUAAAACAUAGAUUAAUAAAAAAAUUAAACCCCAACCUAGAUGAACUACAAAUGAGAAAAAGGAAAAGAUGGAGCUGCACAUUCUAGAGCACAGGCUCAAAGUAGCCAGCAUAGCCAAGGAGAGCGUCCAGUUGUUUACCUAUGGAUUAAUCAAACUUGCUUUCCUUUCCUCCAAGACCAGGUGCAAGUUCUUCAGUCUCACGGAAACGCCAGAGGACUAUACGAUCAUUGUGGACGAAGAGGGGUUUCUAGAGCUCCCUUCGUCAGAACACUUGAGUGUGGCAGAUGCUACGUGGCUGGCUCUCAAUGUGGUUUCAGGCGGAGGCAGCUUCUCCAGCUCUCAGCCCAUCGGGGUGACCAAGAUUGCCAAGUCAGUAAUAGCGCCGCUGGCUGACCAAAACAUUUCUGUGUUCAUGCUGUCCACCUAUCAGACCGACUUCAUCCUGAUACGCGAGCGGGACCUGCCCUUCGUGAUGCAUACGUUGGCUGCUGAGUUCACCAUCCUCAGGGUCGUGAACGGGGAGACGGUGGCUGCCGACGACUUCGGGAUAACGAAUGGGUUUGUCAAGCCGAAAUUGGUUCAGAGGCCUGUUAUCCAUCCUCUUUCCAGUCCAAGUAAUAUGUUCUGUGUCACCAGCCUGGAUCCAGAUACCCUUCCAACGGUUGCUACACUCCUAAUGGAUGUCAUGUUUUACUCCAAUGGAGUAAAAGACACGGUGGUGGGCAGUGAAGACUCUGGACACAUUCGCUUUUUCUCCUUCUCUCUCAUUGAGGGUUACAUCUCCUUGGUGAUGGAUGUACAGACACAGCAGAGGUUUCCUAAUAAUUUGUUGUUUACAAGUGCAUCUGGAGAACUCUGGAAGAUGGUUCGGAUUGGCGGGCAGCCACUUGGCUUUGAUGAAUGUGGAAUUGUCGCUCAGAUUUCUGAGCCUUUGGCCGCCUCCGACAUCCCAGCCUAUUACAUCAGUACUUUUAAGUUCGAUCACGCAUUGGUACCUGAAGAAAAUAUAAAUGGCGUAAUCAACGCACUCCAAGUCAGUCAAGCUGAAAAGCAUUAGACAUCUUCUGAGCUGGUUGCAGAUGCUUUUUUAUUAUUAUUCCUUUUCUCACAGUAUUUCUUGAAAAAUCUGACUCUGGAGAGAGAGAUUGAGGCGUCAUGAAAAGAGACUGUGAACUGAUGAGCAGAAGCAGAGGCAGCUCCAACAAGCUUUUUUUUUUUUUUUUUUUUUCCUUUCUUUCUUAAAAGUGGGAGGGCGGGGAGUUGUUAUGAUGGUUUCCUGACAUUAAGACUCCAAAGCAAAAUGCUUUCCUGCUUUUUUGGUGUGAAAGGAAUUGCAGGUAGAGAUGCAGCCUCUCACUGAAAUGCAGAGGUACAGACAGAUUGCAUACACAGUAGCUUUAGGGAGCGCUUCAAAACAACACCUGACGGGGAAGCGCUGCUUUUUUAGCAGAGAGCAUGAAAAGCAUAAAUGAAAGAGAUGUGGAAUUAAAAGGAAAACAAAAUGUUGAACUGCAUUGAUCUUUCUACUAGCAUCAGACUAUAUAAAAAUGGUAACAAUCCCUUAUGAUCUAUGUUCAGAUUGGAUACUAUUUUCCUUCACAAUUCAAUGUUGUGAGAGGGUGGGAAAUAAACUAUUUAUUUUUUUUUUCCUUCUGCAAUUCAGAAUUGGCUGCACAGAGAACAUUACAGCAUGGUUCUUUAUUAAGGGCUGUCUUCUGCCGAUCUGUACUUCGGGGGCCUCUGUGUGCUGUUGAAGUUAUGUAUAUUAGCUCCAUUUUCCACAGUCCCCCAACAUCCUCUUGCUACAACAUUGUGUCCAGGCAUCCUUCCAAGCCCAAGAAAGUUUGCCAUUCUCUGAUGUCUGUUAUCUCAUGCCAUCCCUUCCCUUUUCCCCGAUCCCUGAACUCUUAACAUGUAGGGAUUGAGGAUGGUCGUCAUGAGUCCCACUUGCUUAACCAGCCUAGUAGAGGCAAGUGAUGUACGCUCAAAUCCACUCCCUUCCAUUCCUACUGAGCCACUUUCGCUCCCCUGAUGCUUUCCGCCACAGCUCUAUUCACAAGGGUAAGGAAGCAUCCGAAAGUCCUGAGCUCAUGGCUUUCUCAAAUCAGGUCUCUUCAUGGAGGCAACAUUGGUUUUAUCAGUGUAGCUCAGGGCUCUGUUGCCUUUCUACCACUCACGUCCUUCUACGGCCAAGGCUCUUGGUGAAUGUGUUGCCAUCCAGCAAAACGGUUGGCCAAGAGCGCUAUGCUUUUGCCUUAAGCAGGGGAUGUUGAUACCCAUGCCCUGGGGGUCCUAUUUAUUUCACCUGCUACGUAAUUUCUUUGGUGAAACAUGGUUCUGGCUUGGUUUGGUUUGGCUGCGAAGCUAGGUUCCAACCCAGUGGGAGUCUUUUCAUUGACUUAGUGGCUUUGAAGCAGGACCUCAGGGCUUUGUAUUUAGAAAAGGGACCGAGUUCUACAGAAAUGUGCUGAAACAUUGACCUGGUUCCUUAUCCCUGUGUUACCAGCUCUUUUAGAGGAAAGUGAUGUUGGUCUUUUAUAGGCAGCCCUAUGGCCUGCAAUCCCGCCGGGAGCUGCUUACAUUUUGACAGCCCCUCGCAAAAGAAGCGAUGAGCCAGUGGGAACGAAGCUCAGUAGCCCAACAUUUUACCUGGUGCCAUGCAUCUUCUUCAGCCCACUUCAGAACUGACCCGCAGUCAGGACGGGGGUAAAGCCGAUGGUGAGCGUAGAGCAGGGAGGCUAAGCAUCACACAGGAGUCUGCAAUGAAUGCACCUGAAAUGCCGUAUGUCCGCAACAACCCGCUCUCUGGUGAGACGCAGGAUCGGUGAGGAGGAAGGUCACAUUCAGAGAUCUUGUUUUAUAGGUGGGAAACUGAAUUUCCUUCGCAUCUUUUAACCUGUUUUACCUCUCCCCACACACUUUUUUUUUUUAAUUAAGAAAUUGUGGAUUCUGUAGCAUUAGUGAGGAUUUACAAUCCCAAUGUAACUUCAGAGAGAACCACCUACACAGACUUGCAUCUUGCAGAUUUUCUCCAGGCAUCUGUUCCCAACCAGUACAUAUGAUAUUCAUACGUGUGUGUACAGACAUAGAUACACACACGCUGCUUACUGUGUCAUUCAGAUUACACAAGGUUUGGGGAGGACUAGGUAUUAAGAGCUUGAUGUUUGAUUUAUUAGAAAGCUCACUCUAGCCCUGAUGUUGCAGUGCCUACAAAGUUAAUGGAGGAUACUUUGGGGAUUUUUUUAAUCAAUCUGUUAAACAGUUAAUGGAACUUGAGCAUCUUUAGGCAAUAACAUGGAUAUCUUUCCAUUUUAGACCCUAAUUCAGUCCACCAUCCCUAUUUCGUUACGCGCUUCACUUUUAAACCCCUGCUUACAUUCCACUGACUUAAGCACAUGUUCAAGGUUAAGUGCUUCACUGAACUGGUCUGGGGCCUUGAAAAGAACAUUUUGGUUUCCCUUUAGGCAGCUUUUCAACUGCCCCAUGGAGAACUAUAGUAACUCUAGACUUGGGGGUUAAUGCUAAUUACAGUUAAGACGCCCUGUGUCUGGAUAUUUGCUCGAGAAGGUGCUUUCCUCAUGCUCUUUUGCAGCAUAUACACAAACAUGGUCUCAAGUUGUGUAGUGUGAUGUUUUUAAUUUUUUUUUUUAAAUAUCCCACCGACUGAAGGACUAAAAUUGCUAUACAAAACUGUUCUAUGCCUAAAGAGCCCUUAUGUCAAACCACAAGACCCAACUGAAGUCUGGCGGAGCUGUUGGAAGGUUAUGGGGUUUGAUUAGUUGCUUUUCACAGUACAGCUGCUGUAGGGUUUUCAUCCAUUGGGAAAGUGGAUGUGUCCCUUUGUGGGACUCUGGUUUUAUUUAGCGAUGCACAGGGUCCUUGAAUGAGAUCCAAGCUGCCACGUACUACUUGUCAUCCAAGGUUUUUGAGCAGUAGAGCUGCAGACUUUUUUGCAAUGUUGUGGGUCUAGAAAAUUUUGCGUAUCAAGGGUAUUGGCUAUCGGAAACUAUUAUUAAUUAGUUUACGCACUGGAGAGCAAUUACAUUUGUUACCCUCUCCGUGUGAUAUUGCUGCUUCCUAAGGACGAAGACGUUUAUAUGAAGGGAUUACUUGAAAUGAGCAGCAACUUUACUGAGCCUUAACAGAAAGCAAAAUAAUGAUCUUGUUAUAAUUGUUAUUUACUCUGUACACUCAGGCUAUUCUAGAUGACAAUAUUUUUUUCCGAGGGAGAGGGCCUUACGUUUAUGAUGUUUACGGAUGUCUCUGGUGUGCUUUAAAACUCUCUUCACAAGGCAGGUCGAUAUGCUGUCAUAAAAAUGUUAGCCUGGAAAAGUCACAUGGUGUGCUAUGACAUUGAGUGAAGUAUCUCUAAAAUUGCCAUAGGAUUAGCUGUUUUUCCCCCUCUCUUUUUGUCUUUGUAACCCCAGAAAAUGUCGAUUGUUUUGGACAACUGUCUGGAUAAUUUGACGUGAUCGCUAAGGAGCCUUUGAAGGGCGAGUGCAAUAGGCAAGUUGCAGCCUGAUGAUGAGAACUAAGUGUAAUUUCCAGCUUGGGGAAUCAGACCUGUGCUAACUCGGAUCAAGUUAAUAUGCUAAAAUUAGCUGUGUAGCCAAGGUGGUGCAAGUGGCAGGACAGGCUUGCCACCAGAGAACGUAUCUAGGAUUUCCGACGGGAUCUUACUCAAGGCAGCCAGCCCGUCCGUUGCUUGUGCAGCUUCGCUGCUCUUUGUAGCAUGUUGGCUUGACCAGUGCUCAAGUGGGUACGUCAAGCCAAGCUGGAAACAACACCUCCAGCACCAGUAUAGACAUACCCUAAGAAACUAGUAAAACAACCAGGUUUGGUGCCAGGAUGGCGCCUUGAACACCCUAGAACUAGUUCAAGAUGUGAAUGGGAUCUUCAUGGCUUCAGCAUAUCUCCCUAAUUGGCUUGACCCAGGACCUCAGAUCCAAAUUUGGGGAGAGUUCAGAUUGGGAUCCUGCUCUGGCCCAUCUCUAGCUGGUACAAGGGCUGUGCUUUGCUCGUAUAUUACAACAGCUAUUAACUCUGCAGGCUACGCUUGCUGGCGACAGGAGGGGGAUCCCCUAACCUAAAGCAACAUGUCAGAGCUUUGUUUAAAAAAAAAAAAAAACCCUUCACAAAACUCUUUCUUUUAGCACCUGAGGAAAUCCAAGUGGAUGUACAUUCCUCUCAGUACUGAUCCCAAACUACAUCACGUACUCCAGGGCUGUGAGAUUUGGAGCCCUGCUGCAAACCCCUUUUCCCUCCAGCAUUGCAGAACGCUCCUGCAAGGGGCAGAGCAAGGAAAUCCAAGACACUCUGAACAUGCUCAGGAUGAGUGGGAUCAUCUGCACUGGAGUGGAAUGCCAGGAUCCCAGCAUCAUCUUCUCCUGAAGAGCAUCACUCAGUGGAGGGGAACGUCGAAAACAGAAGUGUGGGAAAGAGGCAUCUCCCCUGGAAACCUUGUCCCUCCAUUCAAGACCUCUGAAUUAUGUGACGGGCACAUUGGGAUUUAACCAGCCUGUGGCUUUUGUGAUCAGCUGAUACAAACUAACAGCUGCUCUUCCACAUCUGACUGGCAGAGUUUCUCUGGGAUGAAAUAUAAUAGCACUUGGAAGAAGACGUCGAGUAACACAGACAAUGGUUGGAAUGAGCGAGAAGUGCUGAGGAGAGAUGUCCAGAUCCCAAAGUGAUCUUGCAACCAAGUUAGUCAAACAAGAAAAACAGCUUUCCUCUUUUCUGGCCUCUUCUGAUGAAACAAGCCCCUAAGUCACGUCCCUUUGUGGGGACAAAGGAUUUUCACCCCAGUUGGAGAUGGCAGCAUCUGUUGUUCUUCACGUUUCCUAACUGUGCCACCUUUGGUUGGCUGCCACCGAAGGACUAGAAUGUGGUGAGUAUCCCCAUUGGAGGGGCUUUAUGAAAUAUUAGCCAUUUCUGCCUUGCUGCUGGUCUCUGUUUACCUGCAAAGAACUGAGGUGCUGCUGCUGUUGGCUAGACAAUUGCGGCACAGGACUUCGAAGGUGCUGCAGUUGGGAGUUCCACACAACCCUCGCUGCCUGCAUAGACAAGUGAUGUACAAAGAGGGAAGCUUGGGGUAUGCUGGACACUAGCAGGCAUCUCGCAGUAUGUGGAGUCUAUGCUGACAGGGUUGAAUGACAUCAAAACACAUGAGCAGUCAGCAUCCCUAUAAAAACUGGAGCUGGAAAGAGCAGCUUAGAUGUGGGCAACAGCUGGAUGGACAGAGGCAUGGUUGUAGGAGCAUGAUUGUUCACUGGGCAAUUACCUGAAGGGAUACAUUGUGUGUAGGGUAGAGACCGGAGCAGCCAGCUGCAGAAGGGACUACUGUGCUCACAGCACAUCUUGGAAGAAGUCAGGUGAUGUCACGCCCUGCUACCUCCCUCUGGGUCUGGUGUGCCUACUGUAUUCUGGGCUCUAGCAAAGCCAGAGGUACAAAGGUUGUGUCUUUGCUACCCUCAAGUCCUGGCCAUGGGUUCAUUCCCUCAUGCCUGGACUUUUGCAAAGAUACUUCUGCCAGGCUUCCCACAUCCACCCUAUUCCACUACAAUUAUGACUCCCCUGCCAUCCUCUCCCUCGGGACCUAGAUUUUCAAAAACAGGAGCCUCACGUUAGGAACCUAACUAGAUUUUCCAAGAGGAAGGAGGGUAGAGGCCACGCAUAGUUGGCACCAGUCUCCGCAGUUGUGUGUGGAGAUGCAUGUUGGGGUCUGGGGCAAAAGGCCGCAUCCAGUAAGGUGAGUGGGAGGAGUUAGAACCUUAUAGACAAUUACACUCAGCAAGAAACCCAAAGUGUCGUACCUGUGCUGCUGUAGUAUAGACAUACCUAAAGGUAUAAAUUAAUGUAGAUCACUGCUCCUUUCCUUCCCACACCGGAGUGCUCACUCAGAUCUAUCUGUGGCACUGAAGGAACGUAAAGUCCAAGGGUGGAGAGCUAACUCUCUGGAGGAAGGAACCCUUUGUCUACCUACACUGGGCUCUGCCUUCAUCUACUCACAGGAGCCCUGCAACAGCAAAAAUGAACUCACCAUUUACAACAGCAUUGCCUGUCCCUCCACAUGCAGCAUCCUUUAUCUUCCCAAUCUUGAAUGGAUUGUUCAGGUGGUUAUGUAAACUAUGGAUGCGUCCUCCGUCUGCUGGACUGAGGUCAUGGUGUAUGUGAUCCCACAGCUGGAAAAUGAACUAUGUUCAGUUGAAUGAGGCCGAAGGGGAAGACAACUGAUUGGGGAAAGUGGCAAAGCUGAAAUAAUCCAUCUUGAACUACAAAACUUUUAAGGGGUGCAUACCUAAAGGAAUCCAGUCAUCCCAGAGCUGAAGAACUAGAUACGACACGGAAGCUAGCCACUCAACAGGAGUGUUUGCAAACAAUCACCAGAGACCAGAAGGCCAUAGCCUGUCUCAAAGGAAGUCAGUGUCAUCCCAUUUUACUGAUGGGGAAACUGAGGCGGGACAUGCCUUGCCCAGUCAUCGAGCAGCGAGUAGCAGAGCCAGGAAAAGAACCCAAGUAUCCCGAGUCCCAGUCCAGUGCUCUAUGCUCUAGGUUAUACUGCCUCAGAAGUGACCUAGUAUUUCUGUUUCCUGACUGGAUGCCAAAAAUACACACGUGACUUUGAGGCUGAGCUUUCUGCAAACCUUCUUCUCUGUAAAAGCCAUCAGCAGAAAGCCAAUGUCCAUGAGGAGCAAAGAUGACAGAAGCAAGUUAAAUUUUAAAAAGCAAUUGAAUGUCUGGACUUUUCUGUUUUUUUGCAGUAUUCACUCAGCCUCAGGUCCCUGCUGUAGACUCAAACCUUAAUAAAAAGAUUAAAGGGA